AUGGAAGAAAUGGUACCGCUGGAGAGACUUUUCGGCGAAUAUCCUUCUGUUGAAGGGUUACUGGCAACAUUUUCGGCAGAUGACCGGGCGGAGUUACGAAGUGUGGAUGCUGAUGGUGGUGCUCUAUGCCAGCCCUCUUUAUACUCAGAUGGUGCAGUUGAUCGGAUUUACGCUCGUUAUUUUCGACAAGUUGGCAGUUUUGUUGAUGUGCUGCGUUUGACUGGAGCAGUGGUAACCGGCAAGGCAGCUUUCGAAUUUUUUACAAAGGUCAACUGCUGUGACGAAUUACAUGUUAUUGUAUGCGAAACCACAGUGCAGCAUUUGAAGUGGUUUUUGACCAAAUCGGAAGGAUAUUACUUGGACAAGACGGUAACAUUGUCACAGGCUCAGGUUCUGAACCUGAGGUACACAUUGCACGAGAAAGUGGUUGUGAUCUCAGUGACUGAGGCAAGGAAUCCAUAUGAGACAUUUCUUCGACAUUCGUGUGUGACAUCAGAGCUGAAUUUUCUCUCUGCGGAUUUCGGGUACUGCCUUUUCCCGAAGAGAACGAUAGUCCGAAAGGAGUCCCAGGUUUGCAAGCCGAAUGCGUUAGAACGCGAAGAAGAAGAGGGGCUUAGAAAGAUUUCGGAAUUUGGAUUUCGAGUCAUCCCGUGGGGAGAGCGGCAGCAGGACGAGGAGUUGUCGUCGAAACGGAUGAUUGGGGACGAUCUCACUUGGACUGUUCAGCUGAACAUUUGUCUUCAAAUCCAAGCCAUCUUCGAUACUGGCAUGCGGCACUCCGUGGAUAAGUGA